UCAUCACUCUUGCUGGGUUGGGUCCUGAGGAUACUGUGCUUACUUGGAAUAACACUGCCACCAAAAUCGAACACCAUCAAGACUAUAGUUGUGUUAUCAGGCAUACAAAGUUGAUUUGCUGGUUUCGAUCUAGAUUUAAAUAAUGAUUCUUUCUGCUCUUCUAACUUCAGUUGCAAUAAAUCUUGGCCUUUGUUUUAUAUUUUUCACCCUGUACUCUAUAUUGAGGAAGCAGCCUGGUAAUAUUAUUGUCUAUGCACCACGCUUAGUUUGUCAAGGAAGACUCCAAGAGGGCGCUCAAUUUAACUCGGCAUGUUUGUUACCUACUGCCGGUUGGGUGAGAAGAGCAUGGGAGCCUUCUGAUGAUGAAUUUAUAUCAACUGCAGGCUUAGAUGCUUUUGUCUUCAUCCGUAUAUUUGUCUUUAGCUUAAAAGUAUUUACUUUUGCUGGAAUUGUCGGGACACUCAUUCUUCUUCCGAUUAAUUAUAUGGGGACUGAGAUUCGUGAUAAUUCUGACUUUCAGAACAAGUCCUUGGAUUCCUUCAGUAUUUCAAAUGUUAACAAUGGUUCACACGGGUUAUGGGUUCAUUUUUGCGCUGCUUAUGUUUUCACUGGAGUUGUCUGCAUUCUUCUUUAUUAUGAGUAUGCGUACAUUGCAUCAAAAAGAAUUGCUUGCUUCUAUUCCUCGAAGCCGCAGCCUCAUCAGUUUACCAUAUUAGUGCGAGGUAUUCCUGUUCCACCUGGAUGUACAUGUAAUGAGGCUGUCGGGCAAUUCUUCAUGGAGUAUCACCCUUCUGAUUAUCUUACACAUUCAGUUGUCCGUCGAAGCAGCAAACUUCAAAUUCUAGUUACUGAUGGAGAGAGACUGUACAAAAGGUUUACCCAACUAAAAAAUAAAGAUGACUCUCCACAAAGGCAUAGGCGUGAUGGAUUUUUGGGACUUUUUGGACAUAAAGUUGAUAUGUUAGAUCAUUAUGAAAAGACAUUGGGAAACAUUGCAGAUAAUGUGAGAAUAGAACAGUCUUCAAUGGCAGGAAAGGAAGUUCCAGCUGCCUUUGUCUCGUUUAAGUCACGAUAUGGUGCGGCAAUAGCUUUGAACAUGCAAGAGGGUAUCAAUCCCACACACUGGAUCACUGAACAAGCUCCAGAGCCUCAUGAUGUUUAUUGGCCUUUCUUUUCUGUGACUUUCAUUAGAAGAUGGAUCAGCAAACUGGUGGCUUAUGUUGCCUGCAAUGCUCUUACAAUUCUAUUUUUAAUCCCGGUUGCACUCGUUCAAGGUCUUACCCAUCUUGAUCAAUUGGAAACCAUGUUCCCUCCUCUGAAAAGCAUUCUGAGACUAAAAGUUGUGAGCCAAAUUAUCACAGGAUACCUUCCCAUUCUGAUUCUUCAGGCAUUUCUGUCUUUUGUGCCAGCUAUUAUGAUUAUGCUUUCAUCCUUGCAAGGAUACAUUUCAUGGAGUCGGAUACAAAAAAGUGCAUGCAAUAAAGUAUUAUGGUUUACCAUAUGGAACAUUUUCUUUGCAAACGUAUUAUCAGGGUCAACUAUCUACCGAUUGAAUUACUUGCUUGAGCCUAAAGAGUUUCCUAGAGUACUAGCUGAAGCUGUACCAGCACAGGCAUCGUUCUUCAUGGCAUAUAUUGUGGCAUUCGGAUGGACUAAUAUAGCAUCAGAACUUUUUCAAUUGAUUCCACUUUUUUACAAUUAUGUAAAUAGAUUUUUUGGUGGAGACUGUAGCAAAGAUUUUGAAGCACCAUCAAUUCCUUACCACAUGGAAAUUCCCAGGAUUGUUUUCUUUGGUCUUCUCGGUGUAACAUACUUUAUCCUUGCUCCUCUCAUGCUGCCAUUUCUCUUGGUCUACUUUUGUUUGGGAUACAUCAUUUACCGCAACCAGCUAUUAUAUGUUUAUGUGCCUAAAUUCGAGACUGGAGGAGAAUUUUGGCCUGUAGUACACAACUACACAAUUUUUUCAUUGGUACUAAUGCAAACCAUAGUGAUUGGGAUAUUUGGGCUGAAGAAGCUUCCAGUAGCAUCCGGCUUGACUCUUCCUCUUCCUAUUGUCACACUUCUUUUCAAUGAGUACUGCCAGAAGAGGUUCUUUCCUAUAUUCCAGGCCUUUCCUGCUGAAUGUUUGAUCAAGAAAGAUAGACAAGAUCAAAAUGAUCCUAACAUGUCUGAAUUUUAUGAUAAGUUGAACAAAGCAUAUAAUGAUCCAGCUCUGAUGCCAAUCAAGUAUUCCGGAAGGUUUAGUAGUCGCAGGUCUCCCUUACUUGGUAGCUCAGAACCCAAAACUAUGAGCAGGGAGAGUUCAUCAGAAGACAUGAUUGUAUAAGAAAAAUUACUUGUUUAAGUAGAUGAUUUAAGCCUUUAAUUUUUCUUGAAUUAAGAGAAAUUACUUGUUUUAGAAUAUAAAGUUCAGUAGAAUUCAGCUUUAUAUGUAGACCUUGUAUACAAAUCUUUGCCAACAUAUUUGUAGACUAUCAGAUGAAACAUUGCUGCACAAUUAUAGUCUACACUACAUGUGCUUGAAUAAAUAAAUAUUUUUGUAACCAUAUUGUACAAACAUAAGAUAAAGUUUAAAUUUUUGUGAGCUA